GGGCACCCCCUCUUCGCCCGCAGCCCGGCCAGCACCACCCCCCGCGGGCCGCAGGGGCUCAUGCAGCCGCCAAGGGAGAGGCUAGUGGUAACAGGCCGAGCUGGAUGGAUGGGUAUGGGGAGAGGGGCAGGACGUUCAGCCCUGGGAUUCUGGCCGACCCUCGCCUUCCUUCUCUGCAGCUUCCCCGCAGCCACCUCGCCCUGCAAGAUCCUCAAGUGCAACUCUGAGUUCUGGAGCGCCACCUCAGGCAGCCACGCCCCGGCCGCGGACGACGCCCCCGAGUUCUGCGCAGCCCUGCGCACCUACGCGCUGUGCACACGGCGCACGGCGCGCACCUGCCGGGGCGACCUGGCCUACCACUCGGCGGUCCAUGGCAUCGAGGACCUCAUGAGCCAGCACAACUGCUCCAAGGAUGGCCCCACCUCGCAGCCGCGCCUGCGCACGCUCGCUCCGGCCGGGGACAGCCAGGAACGCUCGGACAGCCCUGAGAUCUGCCACUACGAGAAGAGCUUCCACAAGCACACGGCUGCCCCCAACUACACGCACUGUGGGCUCUUCGGGGACCCGCACCUCAGGACUUUCACAGACCGCUUCCAGACCUGCAAGGUGCAGGGCGCGUGGCCGCUCAUCGACAAUAACUACCUGAACGUGCAGGUCACCAACACGCCGGUGCUGCCUGGCUCGGCCGCCACCGCCACGAGUAAGCUCACCAUCAUCUUCAAGAACUUCCAGGAGUGUGUGGACCAGAAGGUGUACCAGGCCGAGAUGGACGAGCUCCCAGCCGCCUUCGCCGACGGCUCCAAGAACGGCGGGGACAAGCAUGGGGCCAACAGCCUGAAGAUCACAGAGAAGGUGUCGGGUCAGCACGUGGAGAUCCAAGCCAAGUACAUCGGCACCACCAUCGUGGUGCGCCAGGUGGGCCGCUACCUGACCUUCGCCGUGCGCAUGCCCGAGGAGGUGGUCAAUGCAGUGGAGGACAGGGACAGCCAGGGCCUCUACCUGUGCCUGCGGGGCUGCCCGCUCAACCAGCAGAUCGACUUCCAGGCCAUCCGAUCCCAGGCGGAGGGCCCCGGCGCCCGCAGGCCAGCGGCCACCAGCCCGGCUCCCGAGGCCCCUGAGACCUUCCCCUACGAGACAGCGGUGGCCAAGUGCAAGGAGAAGCUGCCUGUGGAGGACCUGUACUACCAGGCCUGCGUCUUCGACCUCCUCACCACAGGCGACGUGAACUUCACGCUGGCUGCCUACUACGCCCUGGAGGAUGUCAAGAUGCUGCAUUCCAACAAGGACAAGCUGCACCUGUACGAGAGGACUCGGGAGCUGCCCCGCGGGGUGGCGGCUGCAGCGCGGACCCCCGGCCCCCGGCCCCUCCUCGGCCUCCUCGCGCUCCUCGCCCUGCUACCUGUGUUCUGCUAGGUGGUGAGGCAAGGACUCUGCCUGCACCCACCUGAGGGCUGGGGACACCGACCUGGUGCAGAUGCCCAGCAGGUGGCCUGGGGUCUCUGCGGUGUUCUGGAGCAGAGCCAGCUGCCGGCCAGGCGGUGGAGGGGCCUGUGGGGCAUCUGCCUCACAGCUGUCUCUGGCAGGGGCUCGGAGGAGAGGCCACCCGGCCCUCUCUCUAGUGCACGUGACAAGGUUGUGGUGAUUGGUGCUGUGGUGUUUGUGACGGUGGAGCCGUGUGAGAGGGAGAGCGGCUCCGCUCUGCCCCUCUCCUGCUGUGUGAAUGUGCAGAACAGAGCCCCCCAGGCUGGAGCCCCCGCCCCGCCAGAGCGACACUGGGAAUGGCCCACACGGCCCCUUGCCUCCCCUCGCAAUGCACUGAAACAGGCCCAGUGGACCGCUGCACAUGCGCACACACACCGCCCCACCCCCCGCACACCCGCACACACAGCAAGCCCACGGGACGGCUGGGGGCUGAGGCUCCGCCCCCAGGCGGGCGGGGCUCCCUCUAGUAGGUAGUACACCCCACAGGGCGCUGCUCUGGACGUUGCUUGCGCCAGCAGGCUGUGCCUCCUGGCACCGCCCGCCCACGAUGCCCGCCGCCGCCCGGAGAGCCCUGUGGUUGGAGGGACGCGCGUGUUGGUGUGGGGCUCGGGCAGGGCCGCCCCAGGCUCAGUGCCGUGUUCCACUGUGCUUAGGAAAGACAAGUGCUUGGUUCCAGGUGUCCACACCGAGAAGAGACUCUGACCCUCCAUCCCCUCCCCUGAGGCAGGGCAGCCUGGGCAGCAGGGGCUGGGCAGGAGACCAGGGGACAGGGCCAGCUGGCCUGCCCUGUCCUCUGCCUGCUCCUCCCCUGCACUGUGCCAGGAGCCUCACCCCACCCAUGUCUGGGCUCUGGGUCAGGAGCCCGUGGCAGGAUCUCCCCCUCUGGUCCCUUCCCCGGAGCCCCGUAGUGGUGAGAGACCCCCACCCCGUCCACGGAGCCCAGGGACCAGCCAGGCUCCCAAAGUCUCCGCUCCCAGAGGUGCACCCCGGUCCGGCGGGUCAUCUCGCCCCGUCCCCGCUCUUCAGCGUCUGCAGCGGCCCCUCUGCUGUCCCCAGGGACCUCUCAUACACUGGCCAGGAGGCUGCGAACUGCGGCUCCCGUCCCCGCCCCCGAGGUCCUGCUCCUUGGCCGAACCACGCUAGGGGUGGGGGGCGCUCAGCCCCGCCCCCCGCAGCUGGGUUUUUGGUUUUUUUCGUUGUUUGUUUCUUUGCUUAGAUGAUCCCUCUGUUGGAAGUAAAAAGUUGAAGCACUUUAUUUUGGUUGUGUUUGAUCACAUUCUGCUUGGAAGUGGGGACUCCUCACCGCGUCCUUGUAUCUGCGGCCGUGCAGAGUGUCACCACUUGUACAUACUGUAAAUUAUUUAUUAAUGGCUAAAUGCAAGUAAAGUUUGGUUUUUUGUUU